AUGGAUUUGUCGCAGAUACCCGAUGAGUCUAAGGUGCUAAUCAUCUAUACGGGCGGUACCAUUGGCAUGCUUGUCGGUCAGGAAGGCUACGUGCCAGAGCCCUACUUCUUGACGGAAACACUGCGCAGUCAAAACCGAUUCCAUGACCCGCUUCAAGAGUCCCUUUUCUCUCACUCCUCUUCUGUCGCGGGGUUUCGUGAAUGGAGCUCGUCCUCAGGACGUACCAGCCCAUCAGGAGAGAGAACUACGCCGACGAGCUACUCGCCAGCUACUCCAACCCUUCGUGUCCUUUCCUCUCGCCCGAUAGGAGAUACAAUGGGGUUGCGUGUGCAGCCUUACAGUGGGGGUAGCCCCCGCCAGCCAACCUGUCGUCAGAUUGAGGAAAACGUCUACGAGGCCGAUAUACCCAGUUUGAUCACUCCACGGCCUGCGUUGCAUGGAAAUGGCGGGAAGCGAAUCAGAUACGCUGUCUUGGAAUGGAAUCCGCUCUUGGAUAGCAGCAAUAUCGAGAUAGAUGAUUGGAUCCGGAUUGCGACCGAGAUUGAGCUUAAUUAUCCCUUGUUCGAUGCAUUCGUUGUGUUGCACGGCACGGAUACUAUGUCAUAUACCUCCAGCGCCCUCAGCUUCCUCCUGGAAGACCUCGGAAAGACCGUUAUUCUGACUGGAGCUCAGAUCCCUCUCUCCCAACUACGCAACGACGCAAUUGACAACCUGCUCGGGGCUCUAAUGAUCGCCGGUCAUUACAUUAUACCUGAAUGUUCUCUCUUUUUCAAUCACACCCUCUAUCGAGGCAACAGGGUGUCAAAAAUGUCGUCUUAUGACCUGGAUGCUUUCGACAGUCCUAAUUUUCCCCCAUUAGUCGAUGUUGGGAUUGACAUCACUAUAAACUGGAACGACGUCAUCAGGCAGACUGGCCUUCGCAGGUUUCAUGCGCACAAGACCAUGAGUACACACGUUGCGACUCUGCGGCUCUUUCCUGGUAUCACUAGCGCUACUGUCCGCGCUUUUCUCGCUCCUCCUAUCAAAGGCGUAGUGCUCGAGACAUUCGGCGCAGGCAAUGCUCCUCAACGUGCCGACCUCAUGACCACCCUCAAGGAAGCGUGCGAUCGCGGCGUCGUGAUCGUCGCAAUAUCGCAAUGCUCAAGGGGUACAGUAAGCGACACAUACCAAACAGGGCGUACACUGCUUCAAGCCGGAGUUGUUCCCGGCGGCGACAUGACACCCGAAUGUGCCUUAACCAAACUCAGCUAUCUAUUAUCGAAACCCGCGUUGUCGGUAUCAGAAGUCAGGAGGCUCAUUGGAACUCCUCUUCGUGGCGAACUGACUCGACCUUCGACUGCUACGCCUGCCUCCGGUUCCAUAGAGCAAAACCUCGAAAGCAUCCAAGAUCUACUCACGCAGGUCGUUCGCUUGUCGAACGCCAAUACCAUGGCGCAAGCCCCUCAAAUCUUGAUUGACUCCUCCUCUAUUUCGAGCAGCGAAUCGACCGCGCCUUGGUCGUGGACGGCUUCUGAGGCUCUAACCACUGAAGCUGCACUGCUUCCGUAUCUGAUUCACCUCGCGGCAGCCAAGAACGACGUCGAAGCGCUUCGAUUUUGCAUCAAGACGACGACGCCCGACCCUGCUGUCGGGGUCAAUAGCCCUGUCAUCGACCGUCCCCAACAGAGUCAAGCGAUCGCCGGCGUUCUUGUCAACGCACUUGAUCCUGCAAGCGGACGUUCUCCUCUGCAUACCGCUGCGCUUAAUGGCAGUGUCAAAUGCGUGCAGACUCUGCUGGAGGCCGGGGCUCUCGUCCAUCUCAGGGAUAGCCUAGGACACACCGCGCUUUACUAUGCUGCUCGUCAAAAUCAUGAAAGUGCCGUCGAUGUUUUGGUACAAGCCGGCGCGAACUUGGGUGGAAGCGAUGUCGACGGAGGUUUCUCUGCUCUUGCUGUACAGAAAAGCACAAGAUCCGCUGAUGAUGUCGCCCUCCGAAUAUGGACAAAAGCCGGCAUGUCCGCCGCGCCAUGA